CCCUCACUUUGAAAGCAUCCGGUGGUGUCUGAAUACCGGGUGCUUCUCCAAGGCAAAUGCGCGCGGGGUAGCAUUACGCACAGCCGUCAUAACGGUUCCACCCGUUAUUACCAGCUAAUCCCGGAGCAGCGACUCUUCACCGGGCGGAGCAACGCACGGAUUCACAAGGAAGGACACGCACACGCUCGGGGCGGGACACCAAGGCGCACCGUGUGAAAGUAAACUGCAGGAGGGGACGAAGGUUUGCCGUGGCGGACUAGAGAGAGAAUGGAGGGCGGAAAGGCAGGAAUAAUUCGAGGCUGGUUUCUGGAUUAAUCAUCUUUGUUGUGACCUAUAACGCCUCCAUCCGUAGGCUACCACCCACCGGGCAGCACGCCGUGUCCAGCCUCGGGCACAUCGACGCGGCGAGACGAGAGAGGUCAAGACAAAGUCACUUCUGUGGUUCAAUUAAGCGGGGGGAGAGAGAGAGAGAGCGGGGGGUGGACGACCCAUUGAUUCUGCAGGGGGUGGACGCGGUUUUCCGAUUGUGCACAUAUGUAUUUCACUUCUUACCUUGAAGGCGGAUUAUCAAGUAGCCCUCCAACGAGAAUGCUUACUAUCCAAUAACAAAGUGCAGAUCGAAUGCAAACAGCUGUGAGUAAGUGAGACGGGAAGCUGGUGCAGGAAUGACAGCUGCUGGAUGGCAGAGCAAAUAGCGUGUAAAGGGGAGUUUGCGUGGAGACCGGCAGAGUAGCACCAAAAAGGACGACUGCGCCCGGUGCUUCACAGACCCUUGUCCUCACUCUCUCCGGACACCGAUUCCAAGAGAUUUUUUUUGUUACUCCCAAACGCUUAGGGUAUUUCCUUAAAAUAUCCGAUCACCGGAGUCUUGAGGACAAUGCUGGAUCUCAUGUGGAGACCGAUUGGACGCACAACGCGGCGGCGCGCCGAUUUAACGGCGUUUCCAUCCACGCUCACACUUCUGUUCCAGUAGAUUGGCGGCGUGCACCGGAUUUCUGUUGGGGUUUUGUCGGCUGCCACAAGACGCACAGGCCUACCCGCAAAUGGGCUUUUAAUGCAAACUCAACUGGAACUAACUGAGACGCAUCGCUUGCCCCGCCGCCGCCGCCGCCGCUGCUCCAGGAGCCCCGCAGCGCGACCGGCGUUUCCCGGUGCCGGACCACACGUUCAGAAAGUGGAUAUGAUUUCUUGUUUGGUUUGAAAAUUGUCUGACUGCGAAGAGGAUUAUUUAACGUAGAUUAUUUAAUUUUGUGUCUGGAGUGGAGUUGUUCCCCUGGCUUCACAUUAAGAGGGGUCCCUGGAGGAGAAACCGCUUCUACCUAAACGCUGAGGAGGAGAGGGAUGCGCGCAGGUGGCGGUUGGUCAGCGUUAGAUCAUUUCUGAUGAAGAUGAUCAAACCUCUGAGUUGUGAGAUCCAAGUGGCCAGAACGACGCACCUGUCACAGCAUGUUGGAGGGACGGGAUCUUCAAUGGAGUUUUGAUCUUCUACAGAGCUGCAAGACACAAACACACUGCUUUUUAUGAUUCCACAAAAUCUCCCAAGGCCAUAAUUUCUCUGUUCAGUUAUCUACCCGUCGUGACAAUGUAUCUUCAUGUUGACUCUUAAAUCAUCGAGGAACACCACAUAGAGUUGCCCGGUUCCCUGUGCAGGAUAAUGGAACAGUUGUGGUUCUCUUUGCUGUUGCUGGCAGCGGCAUGCAGAGGACAGCCGUGUCCGAAACGCUGCAUGUGCCAGAGCCUUUCUCCAUCGCUCGCCAUUCUCUGCUCCAAGACGGGCUUGCUGUUUGUCCCCGGGACCAUUGAGCGGCGCACCGUGGAGCUUCGGCUCCAAGAAAACUUCAUUACAGCUGUCCGAAGAAAGGACUUUGCCAACAUGACCAGCCUGCUGCAUCUGACCCUUUCCAGAAACACCAUCAGUCAGAUUCUCCCUUCAGCCUUCUGUGACCUGCGGCGGCUGAGAUCACUCCAUCUAGAUUCUAAUAGAUUAACUGUGAUAAAGGAUGACCAUUUUAAUGGCCUGACCAACCUCCGUCACUUGAUCCUUGCCAACAACCAGCUCCACUCCAUAUCUCCACAUGCCUUUGAUGACUUCCUAACCACACUGGAGGAUCUGGACCUCAGCUACAACAACCUUGCCCAGGCGCCUUGGGACACGAUCGGACGCCUGACCAACGUCAAUACCUUAAAUAUGGAUCAUAAUCUGAUAGAAAAUGUUCCCCAAGGCGUAUUCACCAACCUGCACAAGUUGGCCAGGCUCGACAUGACGUCCAACAAGCUGAAGAAAAUCCCGCCAGACCCGUUGUUCCUCAGAAUCCCAGUGUACGCCAAGUCCAAAGGCUCGCCCCUCACCUCCCUGGUGUUGAGCUUUGGUGGGAACCCACUUCACUGUAACUGUGAGCUUCUGUGGUUGAGAAGACUGACCAGAGAGGACGACCUCGAGACAUGUGCCUCUCCCUCCGAGCUCAGUGCCAAGUACUUCUGGACAAUCCCUGAGGAGGAGUUUAUUUGUGAUCCACCAGUUCUGACCCGUAAGUCACCUCAUACGGUGGCCAUGGAAGGCCAGCCUGCGAGCCUGAAGUGCAAGGCCAACGGAGACCCCGAGCCCGAAGUCCACUGGAUCAGCCCUGAGGGGCGACUUAUAUCUAAUGGCUCAAGAACUUUGGUUUUCCCUAAUGGAAGCCUGGAGAUCAAUGUAACAUCCCUGAAGGAUUCAGGUAACUUCACCUGCAUUGCCUCCAACGCAGCAGGUGAAUCAACCGGGAGGGUGGAGCUAGUUGUCACGGCGAUGCCCCAUUUGGCGAACAGCACAAGCCGCAGCCGAGACCCAGCCUCUGAACCCGCCCCUUCCGACAUCCUGACCUCUUCCAAGGUGUCGCUGCCUAACAACGAGUCCAGAGCGGCCGACCGGAGGGUCUCGUUGGUGGAAUUGACAGGGAACUCUGCCCUCAUUAGAUGGAGCAGUCAGACUUCUUCGACUGGAGUCAGGAUGUUCCAGGUCCAGUACAACAGCUCAGGGGAUGACACACUGGUGUACAGGAUGAUUCCAUCCAGCAGCAAUGACUUCCUGGUUCGGGAUCUCGCCACUGGACGCAACUACGAUCUCUGUGUCCUGGCCGUGUUUGAUGAUGUCAUCACCUCACUGACAGCAACUCGUCCUUUGGGCUGUCUGUCGUUCACCACGGACACAGAGUUCAGCCAGUGCCAGGCAUUGCACAGCCACUUCCUGGGAGGCACCAUGAUUAUUAUCAUUGGAGGGAUUAUUGUCGCCUCUGUGUUGGUUUUUAUUAUCAUCUUGAUGAUACGAUACAAAGUUUACAGCCAACAAGGGACGGGCCAGGGAAAAGGAGCCAUGGCGGCAACAGCGCCAAGACCACAGAGCAACGGGCAAGGAGGAGGCGGACAGGUCCAAGUCUUCCCUCACUCUGCCUCAAAAAUGCCCGACAGUCAGGAGGACCAAGCGCUUGCACCGUCAAGGGCCACGUCGCCUAGCAACACUACGAGAGACACUGUGGCAUUGGUGGAGGAGGCGAGCGGCGGAUACAGCGUAAUGACAAGGACUGACUCCUUGGCCAAUGAGGAGUUGCUCUCUCCCACCAGGGCGCGCUUCUCCUCCAGGGUCGCCAUUGAGAUGAAGAGCAGACCACCAUCUGUCGCCAAAGAGCCCACAUCGCCCAAGGAACUGGCAGCAGCAGACGACAAGCGACCUCAUAGUGUCGAAAGGAGAGACUUUAAGAUCUGAGGGUCUCUUGGCCUCACAAAGAGGGCGUGCCAACACUACAAGCAAAGAAACCCUGACGUUGUUGUUCUGAGUGGCAGAUGUGGAAUACGUCAUCACCACCAGGGACGACCUGGGGAAAACUGAAGAAAAACAGCCCUACAGAUCCUUUCCCAUUUACCGUGCACAUCACUUUGUUUCCAUGAAUAUCAUUGGGUAAAAGACCUAUACUGUCUGGUGAACUAUUACUGCCAAUCUUAGUUGUCAUGUCGGACUUGGAUGUGUCCAGGCCGGUGUUUCAUUGGCUGUCGAUUGGCCAGUUUUAGUGUGAUCGCCUCAAAUCACCAUUUUCAUGGAUCGGCACACAAUAAAUUCUGGAUUUACUGCUUUGACACGUACAACAGCAGAAGAGGAUAAAAUGGUAGGUAACUUAAAAAUAAAUCAUGAAGAAAUGUGUGGGUUUGUAAAAAAAUAUAGUUUGGCAGAAAAUAUAAAUGGACUUCUCAUCAUGUGGAGCGGCAUCCAAAUAAGGACUUUGAGUGGAUAGCAUUAACAGACAGACAGCACAAUUUCAAUACACAGAUAAUCACACUUAACCCCGGAUCUACAAUAUGACAGACUGCCCAAACACAAAGCUGAUAACAUUACACAAAAAAAUCUUCGGCUUAUGAUACAAAGAUGUGUUAACCACUUGGAUGAUAAUGGCUCACUCUUUCUCAACUGAACAUAAUGGACUCUCAACAUGUCCGGCUGCACGUAGCACCACUCCAUUCAUCCACAUGGACUGAGCCAAUUCUGCUUAUUUGAACUGAACUGAGCUGAGCUGGAUCUGGAUCUGGAUCUCGACCUCGACUGGACCCUGCUAUCUCUCGAUCACAAGUCUGAAAAGCACAGUGUAAAACAUUAACUGGAGCCUCAACUGGAAUUGCAGACUGGUAAAAGAUUCAGACUGUGCAGUGAUGCGAUGCAGACUAAACUGGACUAAAGUGGACCAGACAGGCCCGUUAUCAAUUGGUCUGUUUUCCAAUGGAUGGGACUGGAGAGGACCUUGUCGACCUUUAACAGCCUCUAACAUCUCUUCAGGCCCACGUACGCAGAGCCAGGAAUCCGAUGAACAAGAAAACAGAUGGAGGGGUUAAAAAAAAAUCAAGUAGCAGGGUGUCAGUAAGCCAAAUUUAAGCCGAUCAGCCUUCAUCUUCAUCAAAUCAUCAACGUUGACAUUAAUACGUUUACGGAGUUCAACUUUGAAAAUCAAAAUACUUUAUUUUAAAGAAUAAAUAAUAAUGUUGGAAGACUGUAUAUGACUGCCGCCCCCCUACACUCCCCCAACUUAUACACAUCAUGGUUGUAGCCUGCACUGCCCUCUGCACAUCUUCAUUAUAGCGUUCUCACAUCACUAUGGAGUGGGUCAACGUGCACACAGCGUGAUAGACAUCAGGACAAAUCUCACUUCAUGUUUUCGGUGAAAAGAAUUCUCCAUGUAUCUGACAGAUAUUCCUUCAUGUUAACCAUCAGAGUGAUACAGGUGCUAUAAUACCGGCAUCUCUCUCAUAAUUUCCAUGCUUUGACUCUCACUUCAAGCCGGUUAUUGUAAAUGGGAUUUGUGGCACACAAGUGUCAUCUUAGAUAUGUGCUUUUCCAUAUGUGUGUUUCUGUGUGUGUGUGGGGUGUGUGUGUGUGUGCACUUAAUUGAGCUUGCGCCAUCCCCCCGGGGUCAUGACGGUUGUCUUGAAUGUUACGGUUUCUUACUAAGAUUGAUUACUAACGUUGGUAGAAGAGCAAAUAACCGUUUGACCCAUCUCAGAAGAAAUACAAAAAAUGUGUCUUCACUUUCCUCCCUCCAUGCUCCCUUCACUUCUUUUGGGCUUUAUAUUUUGUAUGUGUACAUACAGCGAUUUGAAAUCUUAUAGUUUUGUACAUGUAAUUUUUAUGGUGUGUGGAAUUUUUUUAAUAAACAAACAAAAAUGGA